UGCUUGUGAUCAUGAACUGUGUGACUUUCGACUUGAAUGAUAUCUCUUUUCGUCAGAUUUUGAAGGUCGGUUCCUUCAUUAAUAUGAUUGUAAUUUUUGUUUUAUUUUAGUUUUAUGAACGUUUUGAUAGUGAUCUUAGCGUACGUUAAUUAAUGUGUAUAUAUAAAUAUUAUUUAUAUAUCUGUCUUUACCAUCAUCAAACCCGGCCGGUAUAGUACUACCUGCUUUCCUUCGCCUCGUCAUUUCCGGGAAGGGAAGCGAGUAACAGCGGCACGCACUGAGAGAGGGAGGGCUGGAGAGAGAGAGAGUGUGAGAAAGAGAAAGGGGAGCGAGAGGAGGAGGAGGUCGAUGACGACGAGAAAGACAGAAAAGAGAUAGAAGGGCAAAGACACACAGGGAGGGGGAAAAUUUGUUUUAUCUGCUAGAAGCUCAUAGGUAAGUGGAAGUGUUGUAAACCUGUUUGUGUCUUGGCUUUGCCGAGCCUCGUGUGUAUGGUGAGUGCAUGUGAAUGUUAGAUUAUCUGUUAACAGUACUGACUAAAAGCAGAAAAGAAAUCUAGGAAUUGGAACCUUAGUAUUUCUCAUUCACACAUUUCAGAUACGCAUUGGUUAGACUUAUAGACACAAACAUAUAUAUAUAUUCAUAUAUAUAUAUAUAUGUUUGUAUCUACACACGCGUAUAUGUAUACAUAACAGUGAUAUAGAUCGACCUGAAGAGAUAGAUGACGUUACGAAGUGAAGCUUGUACCAACAUGUUUAUCGUAGCCAAAACGAGGAGGACGUCUAGUAGUGGCCGCGACACUAGGCCGGAUUCAUCGAGAGGAAUUGUUAACAGUGUGGUUAGCAACGUUACAGACUACAGUAGUGAUAUUAACAUGACAUCAGCGGAUUCUGCGGCUGUAUCUACCAUAGAUACUGCUGGUACUACAAUAAUAACAUCUGCCAGACGCCAACACAUGAGAACAGGCAAACCAUAUGUGUCGUCAUUUACCUCACCUUCCUGGCCGGGCCUACAGGUUUGUAGAUCGGGUGUUCGAACGAAUCGUGUGGGUGUUAGGAAAACAGCUAUUAUGGUCGAAAAUGUUAGCUUCAAUCUGACCAAGAUGCUACACCGAUUCUGCAGUCCGACAAGUUCGUCAAUUUUUACCAUCCUAUGUCUUAUAUGUUUGUUGUGCUUCCCUGGUUGUGUCGAGGGCUUAGGAGAAAUCACGUGGGCAGUGAACUGUGGCGGUGGUGUCCAUACUGACAUACACGGAAUUCGAUACCAAGCCGACUACCUCAAGACUGGAAUAGCGUCUGAUUAUGGAAAAAACCUGAUGAUACAAAGGAUCGUUCCCCAAGACCAGAUUCUAUACCAAACUGAGAGAUAUCACACAUCAACUUUCGGCUAUGAAAUUCCUAUCAAAGAAGACGGAGACUAUGUAUUGACGUUGAAGUUCUGUGAAGUCUGGUUCACAUCACCCAACCAAAAGGUACGUCCAUCUAUGCCAUACCGGCUUGUAUGUUGUUUUUUCCCCUCCUUUUUACUGAAUCAUAGGAAGAAUGUAUUUUCCACUCGAUUUUAUACUAUAUCUAUAAUACAGUAUCAAUUGAAGAUAUCUAAAUGUAAUAGUUUUUUUUUUUUUUGAGAUACAACUUUAAUU